AUGCCUUGGCUUCCUGGCGACAGAUCCAAAUGCCAUGGAGAUGGUACCUCGGAGAGGUGCUUGGGAACAGCCGAAUUUUGCGACAUGUCCGCUACGGCGAACGUGACCAAGGGGUUGCAUCCGGAUGACGUGCCUAUCUUUCUCAGUCUGAAGCAACAAAAAACAAGCGGAGGAACGAGCCAAAUAGUGGAAGCAGCCCUGAAGCACUACUACCAACAAGUACGUGAGUGCUUGGCUGCCCGAGACCUCCGUCCCUUUUCUAUCAUCUACUCCUCACGCUGUAACGGCGAAGGACAUACCGAGGAUUGCAUGGGAUCCAAGGCAUGGUGUUCGCGUCCAGAGUCGAUUAAGCUGCAUGGAUCGCAAGAACAGUGCCUAAAUCAAAGACAACGGAGUCCUAGAAAGCUCUCCAACUGGCAAUUCCCUGCGGCAAAAAACCAAACAUGUAUAUCUGCAAAUGAAGCUUGCGAGGGAUCGGAGCUGGUCUGCAUGAAAGGUGUACCUUUUUCCCAGAGAGCAGAGUGCCUUGCGGCCCGAACUAUGCCUCUGUGGAUGUGGCCGAGCUCACUAGAUCAAUUCCCAGAUGCUGAGGUACAAGAAUCUGUGAACGGCUCCGACUGGUGGUGCCAUAAUCGCUACGGCUGGAUGAACUAUGUCGAUGAGAUCGAGUGCUUCGAGACGCGUGGCUUGCAGGUUCGCAACUUUUCAGAUGCCCUCUUUAAGGUGGUAAGGCAGAGUAUGCGAGAUACAAUACGGGAAAUGAGCAUUAAGUUGGCUAGAAACGCAGCCCUCCACGAACUAAUAACUAACCAAGCAUCAGCUGGGGAUGCUAUGAAUGCUACAAAGGCAGAAGUUCGCUUGUUUUUGAAGCAAACGCUAAUUAAUGUUAAAGAUGUUAUUCCUAAGUCAGUCCAGGUUGCAUUAGAGCAUAUUAGCCAGCCCUAG